CUAGUGUGUCCGACGGAGAGAGAGAGAGAGAGGGAGAGAGAGAGAUUCCAUUGAUACUUCUGGAGGUCUUUGCUUGUUUGAACAAAGUUCUUUGAAGGCUUCGCUUUGAAAGAUGAAAAAGGAGGAUACGGUAAAGCUGAUCAGUGCCGAGGGCUUCGAAUUCAUCAUCGACAAGAAAGCUGCCAUGGUUUCUCAGACCAUUCGUAACAUGCUCACUUCUCCAGGGAGUUUUGCUGAAACUCAGCAUGGAGAAGUCACGUUCCCAGAGAUAAGUACCAUUAUCUUGGAGAAGAUCUGCCAGUAUUUCUAUUGGUCACUGCAAUACGCCAGUGGAAAGGAGACUGAGUUCCAUAUUGAACCUGAAUUGACCCUUGAGUUAAUGAUGGCGGCUAAUUAUCUCCAUACGUGAGAGCCUUGUCUCUCUCUUCACCUCUUAGGCACAAGUCAUGCUUAUAAGGAAGACUUGCAAGAUGGUUUUGCCAUAGGAGGCUAAAAGGAUUUAAGGUAGUACCAUCUCACAUAUUUUCAUACACCAGAAGUGGGUAUAUUUAUUCUUAAUCAGGUGGUUUCUGCCAUUGUAAGCUGAAAGGACAAAAUUAAUAAAGUUAUUAGA